AUGCUUGGCGCCGUCGAGCAGCUGCAGAGGCCCCAUGAGGGGGGGAGUUUGCUGCAGCAGGAACACCCUUCUGCUGCUGUUGAUGCAGCAGCAGCAACACCACCAGCAGCAACAGCAGCAACAGCAGCAGCAGCAGCAGCAGCAGCACCGCAUGAGGAAGCAGCAGCAGAAAAAACAGCUGAAACAGUGGAGUCCCCUGCUGCAGCAGGAGGAUCACUGACGGAGCAGCUGCAGCAGCUGCAGCAGCGUCUAACUGCAAUGCGUUGGGGCUCAGCAGCUGCUCGCCGGUCCCCCGAAGAUUCACUGACGGAGCAGCUGCAGCAGCUGCAGCAGCGUCUAACUGCAAUGCGUUGGGGCUCAGCAGCUGCGCGCCGGUCCCCUGAAGAGCAGCAGCAGCAGCAGCAGCAGCAAGAGCAGCAGCAAAAGAAACAGCAGCAGCAGCAGAAUGGAGAGUUUAUGAGUUGCUGGAUCAGCGACAGCAGCGAUGAGUCUGAUGGAGCGGGAGACAGUGAUGAGGAUGCAGAGGCAAUCGCAGAGAGAGAGCAGCAGGGUCAACGCCCUGCUGCUGCUGCUGCUGCUGCUGCUGCUGCUGCUGCUUCUGCUGCUUCUGCUGCUGCUUCUCUAGGCAGCUUCUUCUUCUCCUUCGCCGCCUCUGCAGCAAAUUCUGUUGCAGAGAAAAUAGGGCAUUCAGCCCAGCAGCUCUUCAGACCCCCGGGGUUAUAUGAGGUGACCCCGCGGGUGUAUCUAUGCGAGGGGGGUGCGGGGGCCUCCUUCUCUGGUUGUUCUGCUUAUAUGGAUUUGUUGCAUUCAUUUAAAUAUCUUCUUAUUAAUAUGACAGAUGGCGCGGGCACACCCCCCAGCCCCUCCACAGCAAGCAGCAGCGCCCGUGAGACACCACGACAGCAGCAGCAGCAGCAGCAGCAGCAGCAGCAGCAGCAGCAGGGAUCCUUCUCUGGUUGUUCUGCUUAUAUGGAUUUGUUGCAUUCAUUUAAAUAUCUUCUUAUUAAUAUGACGGAUGGCGCGGGCACACCCCCCAGCCCCUCCACAGCAAGCAGCAGCGCCCGUGAGACACCACGACAGCAGCAGCAGCAGCAGCUGCAGCAGCAGCAGCAGCAGCAGCAGCAGGGGGAAGGAGCGGCAGUAGCAUCUCCUGUGGGUGAGGGGUUUAUGUUAGAGCCCGCUCCAACAGCAGCAGCAGCAGCAGCAGCAAAAGCAGCAGCAGCAGUAGCAGCAGCAGCAGCAGCAGGAGAGUUUCGUACAGCAAUAGAGCAUGCACUCGGCAUACCACAGGGGGCGCUCCCGCUGCUGCCCAGCCAGCGGCGUUUCCUCGCGUUCUUUGAAAGUAUUAUGGGGCUGCAGCAGCAGCAACAGCAGCAGCAGCAGCAGCAGCAGGAGCAGCAGCAGGAGGAGGAGGAGCAGCAGCAGCAGCAAAAGCUGCAGCAGCAGCUCGUGCCUAGGAGACUCAGAAGAGUUAUCUUCUGCGGCCUCCCCGCCAUAGAAGAGGCCCCGCAUGCAUUCAGCCCCUGCAGCAGCAGCAGCGAUGACUCUGCUGCUGCUGCAGAUGAGGAAAACGCGCAGCAGCAGCAGCAGCAGCAGCAGGAGCAGCAGGAGCAGCAGCAGCAGCAGGCAUUGUUGUUCCGCCCUGUGUUGGAGGUCUGGCUUGAGGGGGCCUUAGUUUAUUCUUCGCUGCAGCAGUACAUGCCUGCUGCUGCACCUGAUUCAGCAGCAGAGGAAUCUCAGCAGCAGCAGCAGCAGCAGCAGCAGCAGCAGCUGCUGCAGCAGCAGCUUGAGGCACAAGAUAUCUGCUGCUGCGUUGCUCAGCAGCUACCUGUAUACACCCCAGAUGAAGACAGCCUAAAAUUUGAAAUAGAGGGGGUGGAUGUCUGCGGGGCAACGCCAGAAACACCGCGGCAGCAGCAGCAGCAGCAGCAGCAGCAGCAGCUAAGCAGUGGACUCUCCGCGCAUUCCCCGCAGCAGCAGCAGCAGCAAAUGCAGCAGCAGCAGCAGCAGCAAGGCAUCAAUCAACUGACAGGUGUAGGGCCUUCAGAUUGUAUGGAGGUCGAGGAUUGGGACUCCACCGACAUGCCUUCAUCUGCAGCAGCAGCAGCAGCAGCUGCUGCUGCUGCUUCUGCUGCUGCUGCUGCUGCAGCACCUGCUGUUGCUGGAGGUGCAGCACCGCGCGUUCCAGUAGCUGCUGUGGGGCUGUUGCGUCCGUGGCAGCAGCAGCAGCAAGAAGAAGGAGCAGCAACAGCAUAA